ACUAGCCAAUCAGAGCUCAGCACCUGCCUCGUUGGUCCCGCCUUAUACCCGUGUCGCUGUCGCAUUUCUUUUCUUUAGCGUCGACAAACAAAAACCGUUAUAACCGGUGAAGUGUAUUUUAUCAUAUCAGCAUAACAUUAAAUUAGCAAGGAAACUGUGCUAUUUGAUAAAAAAUAUUCGAUGCACGAUGGAUGAACCUGCUCCACAAAGCCCGUGAAUCAGGCCGUCUUUUAUUUGAUUCUUCUAACCAGUAGCAGUAGUUUUACCCUAUCGUUAUUUUACGGUUCACUCCAGUCGAUGAUGCUUAAGCAUGUCGGGGAAUCAGUACAAAGGCCACGAAGUCAGCUGCUGCAUCAAAUACUUCAUUUUUGGAUUCAACAUCCUCUUUUGGCUGCUGGGGAUGGCCUUGGUUGGCAUUGGAUUGUGGGCAUGGAGUGAGAAGGGGGUUCUAUCCAACAUUUCAUCCAUUACUGACCUGGGGGGUCUGGACCCGGUGUGGCUCUUCAUGGUGGUGGGGGGGGUCAUGUUCAUCCUGGGUUUUGCAGGAUGCAUCGGAGCGCUGCGGGAAAACACCUUCCUGCUCAAAUUUUUUUCCGUCUUUCUGGGGAUCAUCUUCUUCCUGGAGUUGACCACGGGGGUCCUGGCCUUCGUCUUCAAGGACUGGAUCAAGGACCAGCUCAACUUGUUCAUCAACAACAACAUCCGGGCGUACCGUGACGACAUCGACCUGCAGAAUCUCAUUGAUUUCACGCAAGAAUACUGGGAGUGCUGUGGUGCCUUUGGCGCCGACGACUGGAACCUCAACAUCUACUUCAACUGCACCGAUGGAAACCCCAGUCGGGAAAAGUGCGGCGUUCCGUUUUCCUGCUGCACCAAGGACCCGGCGGAGGACGUAAUUAACACUCAGUGUGGAUAUGACAUACGAGCAAAAUCGGACUCAGAGCAGAAGGACCACAUCAACGUGAAAGGCUGCGUGCCGCAGUUUGAGAAGUGGCUCCAGGACAACCUCACCUUGGUGGCCGGGAUAUUCAUUGGCGUUGCUUUGCUCCAGAUCUUUGGGAUUUGUUUGGCACAAAACCUGGUGAGCGACAUCGAAGCCGUACGGGCAAGCUGUUUCUUUACCUAAUGAUGAAACAGGACUUUAAUUUAACAGUGUAUUUUUGUGAAGUUGGCUGCUGGUCUUGAGGCCUCCAUGAGGACGUCAAAAGUGGGCCGAAGGACUCCACUGUUCACCCACACCACUACGUGUAUGUUUCUUGAAAUAUUCACGGUGAUCGGAAUGGAUCACGAUGCACUACACGCCGAUUGUAACAUGUUUUGAUAGCUAGUUUUUCCAUGUAAUGAUUGACAUUUAUUAAAAAAAAAAAGUAGCAUAGUUGUGUUUUUCUGCAUUGCACUGUUGAUGAAAUAUUGUGUUUUUUUUUCCCCCCACUCGUUAGACAGUCCAGCAGUUUAGCGACAAAACCUUAACACCAUGCUCGUUUGUUGUGCUGACCGACUACGGUCUUCAGUGUUUACGUGAAAUCGGUAAUUGACAAAUUCACAAAUCAUGAUUAAGACCAUAUUUACAAAAGUCGGUCCCAUUUCAGAGGCUGUAGGACAGGGGGCGGGGGGCAUUUACAGUUAAUUGGCCCUUGCCACAUUUUAAACAACAGUAAAAAUGUGGGCGGAGUAGUCAUUUUGCAAGAAUAAAAAUAUGUUGGGGAUGUCACAAUCAGAAAAAAAUGAGACAUUUAUAAAAGUUGAAAUAUUAUGAGAUCUGUUAAAAAAUAUAUAGCAAUGAAGCAUGAAAGUGAAAUAGGCUGUUCAUCAAAGGUUGGAGAGCACAGCCUUUAAGGCAAAAUGUUGGUAAAAAUGUGCCCUGAAUGUGAGUGUCAUUCUUGUGCCUCGGAUGGCUUCAAACGUUACUGGCAUGACAAGGAGAUGCCACCUGAGAUGUUUUCCAUCAUCCUUCAAUGGAACGAUGGAGCUUCAGUUCGUGCGGGGGCGUCAAACGGCAGACGGCUAUGUGGCGAUGUUGCAGGGGGCUUUUUAAAUACUCGACAAAAGGACUUCUUCCAGAGGAAUAAGCUGCCUACAGCUACUCAUCUCUCCUUUUUCCACCUUUUAUUUCUAUUUUAGGACGGCUUUGGUCUUAAACAUUUGAUGAGCUGAUGAACAGUUUUUCACUUUAAAGCUUCUUUGCAGUAAGUCAGGAGUCGCCGCAUCUCGAGGUUCGCUAUAUUUUGGUCUGUCUGCAGGGCAUCAGUGAAGCUUACAAGCGUGGUCAGGGGUUUAAAAGCCAAAAAUGCGUACGCGUUGGCGGGUUUGUAAAUGUUAUUUCCUCCACACAUGCCCACAUUGCACCUUUUUAUUCCCGUCACAAAAGAAAUCAAUGAAAUAGUAUUUGGACGAAAUGCUUAUUAAUAUUGUUUUUAUUCUUUACGUUACAAAACUAUUAAAAAUAUGUAAAUAACCACAGGUGUCCUGAUUAUUUUUUGAUGGGAACAUUUCAUUAAAACGCCCUUACCAUUACGCUAACUACGACUAGCCAAGGAUUUCUUAGUAUUUCUCAUUGAAACGUCAAUUCCUCCUCCGGCCCCCUACAUACACUUGAAUAGAACUUGGCACGCGUGUAUUUUUUUUUUGUUCAUAAUGUUAAAUAAUGUAAAGAUUGCAUCGUAUCUUAUGUUUUACACCGUUUUUUGGUUGUUAACCUUUGGCUAGAUCAGUAUGUUCCGCAAAAAAUGCUAUUUAUGUCACUUAUUGUUGCAUUGAUAAAAACAUUUGAGUGGUUUGGAAAUAAAAUGUGUUUUUCAAACAUUA